AUGUCUUCAACUUUGGCUUUGUCAUCUUCAUCACCUUUGCUAUCAACCAAAGCUAGGUCUUCAAUCAAAACAUAUGUCACUGCGCCGUGCUCAGCCACCUUUCCUUCGAGGUUGCAUAGGCUGCCCGUGGGGAGAGCUCAGGCUGGUGGAGAUGGCAAGCUGGACGUGCAAGUCAAUCAGGGCAACCAAGGAACUGAAGUCGAGAGGAGGCCAAGGAGGUUGGCUGUCGACAUUUCACCUUUUGGUUUAUUGGAUCCCAUCUCCCCAGUGAGGACCAUGCGCCAAAUGCUGGACACAGUGGACAGGCUCCUGGAGGACACUGUGACAUUUCCAGGCAGAAACAGAGCAUCAGGGGAAGUACGUGCACCUUGGGACAUCAAAGAUGAUGAACAUGAGAUCAAAAUGAGGUUUGACAUGCCCGGCCUCUCCAAGGAGGAUGUCAAGGUGGCUGUAGAAGAUGAUGUUCUUGUUAUAAAGGGAGAGCACAAAAAGGAAGAAAGUGGUGAUGAUUCAUGGUCGAGCAGGAGCUUUAGCUCCUAUAAUACCCGCCUUCAGCUUCCUGAUACUUGUGAGAAGGACAACAUAAAGGCAGAGCUUAAGAAUGGUGUUCUUUACAUAUCCAUUCCCAAAACUAAAGUUGAACGCAAGGUCAUUGAUGUUGCGAUCCAGUGA